CUUUACCCCUCUGGUGUCAUACAACCCAGGAUAGCAAUUUCCAAGUCUUUGUCGUUUUCCCCAGUCUCCUAUCUCCUGAAGGAAAAAACAGGCGAAUCUCAGCAGGUUAUUUGAUUCCCUACAAGAGUAGUAAUCUGCAACGGAUACCGCUCUAAAUAUGCCUGGCUCUUUCCCGCUCACACUCUAUACCAUGUCCAGUAGUCGCUCGCAUCAUCUGCAGCAGCAGCCUCAACAGCAAACAAGCCGUCAGCCAGCUGCCAGCAUGUAUUCGUAUGAUACGGUGUUCUCUGGAGCUUCGUUGUCUUCUCCGGUAUUUCCGAUCUCGUCCAGUUCUCCUUCCGCCUUAAAUUCCAGCCUUCUUCAAAUACAGCAUCACCUCGAGUCGCAGGAGCGAAGCCAUCUUUACGAAACGGCCCCUGACGUGCAUGAGGAGAGGCAAAACUCCAGCGAAUGCCCCCGCACUCCGUUGUUCCAUCAUCCCACGCAACCUUACUACGGCAAUCAUCCUCUAAAUCGUAUUUCUUUCCAGCAACACUUCUUUCCGGAGCCAUACCAUUCUCCUUUCGCCAAUAAUUAUCUUCAGCAACAAAGCAAGCUGAAGCUGGCGUCGGAUCAGCAAGAACAACAGCAGCCAUUGCCUCUUCAGUAUCACCGUUCCAUUCAGCUCACACAAGAGAAGAGCGUUGUUCUGUCGCACCCAAAGCUCACGCGCCCUUGGAAGACAUAUACAGAAGCCCCAAUCAUUGUCGACUCUUGCACAAAUAAGGCAGGGACAGCAUCAGGUCUUGUUCGCGAUCCAGCGCUGCCUACACACGACCUAUCGCCACUGGACCUUUCGGAAGAAAUGUCGAUUAAAGAGAAGUCAAGCUUCUAUGAAGCGCUCCUGGAUCAGAUCGCUGCACAGCGUGUUAAAACCAACGCCUUAGAUGCCGGUGUACAAAUGUUAUUGGAGAAUAUUGCUGUACUCAAUAUGGUAUUGGACGGAAAGCAGAGCUCGGUGGAUACAGCCUUACAGGAUACCCAGCGGGCUGUAAGAGGUUGGCAGUACACAUGGGAGGACUAUUCGCGAUGUGAAACAAUCCAGAUGCUACAGGAAAACCCCACUACCCUGGCUCCGCUCAUUCAAAACAUAAGAUAG